GCAGGCGGGGCGGGCUCAUUGUUCGGGAUGGAGCUGCGGGAUGGCGGCUCCGGGUACCGGGCUCAGGGGCCCCUGCUCCCCCACAUCCUGCCCCCCAUCAUCCUACUGCUACUACUGCCCUGCCAGGCCGAUGGACUAUUUGUCACCGAUUACUUCACUCGAACCCCUCGGAAACUGAACCCAUUUCGCUCAGUAGGAAGUGUGGAGCUCUUUCACUUCCACAUCCCAGAGGACACGGUCAUUGCUGUGUGGAAUCUCAUUACGUUCAAGGAACAAGGGGGGACCUUUGGUGAUAACUGCCCUGAUCGCAGUAUCACAGUAUAUUUCCGUGCCGGAGCACCACCUGUUAUCAAUCCUCUAGGGACUCACUUCCCACCAGAUACAGUAAUCCCUGGAGCGUUCACACUCACACUCACCUGGACUUUACCGAACAGAACCACAGGAGUGUUCAAUGUCACUAGUCCUUUACCUGGUGAUUGGUUCCUGGCUGCACACCUACCAAAGGAUGAGGGGAAGAUAACCAUUAAGGGACUACACGAUGAGUGUCAGUAUUUAUUUCAGCCCCAGCUUAUCGUUCAGAGGGCUGUCGGUGUUCCGGUACUUUACCCAGGAUAUGUCACGGAACAGAUGCUGCCGGCUCACAACCGCUCAGCUCUGUACAAGGUCUUUGUUCCGCAAUUCACCUCUACAUUGCGUGUUCACCUUCUGGGCUGUCGAAUUGGGCUACGCCUGACUGAGAGCUGCCCCCUUCUCUUGAGACUACGUGCCAAAGCUCCCCCUCUACAUAAUUCCUCCAGCCAGGACUGCCCUGCUUCCUCUGGAUGCCAGCUUGUUAUGUCCCUACCGUUGUGGCAGCACUGGUACUAUGUCCUAGUGGAAAGAACUGGCUCUGCAGGGACUGCCAUAUACUUUCAACUCACUACGCAACUGCAAGACUGUUCCCGUCCUGGUCUGUCUCGAGCCCCUGCUGGGCCCAGCUCCGCUCUUAACAUGCCACAAUCGUUCGGUGCUGCUGGUGGCUUGUCGGCGUUAGAUGGCCUUCCGUCUGCAGGAGUCACUCUCCUAACUGGUAACAUGUCCUGGCUGAGCAGCACAGUCCUUCUGCCAUCCUGCUGGCCAAUACGACCCACACUGAGAAAUGAGCUGGACACGUUCUCCGUCCAUUUCUACAUAUUUUUUGGCCCUAAUGUGUCUGUUCCCCCCGACCGUCCAGCUGUCUUCAGCAUCAAUCUCCUGCCAGUUCUGGAUAGUGGGGGAGUACUGAACAUGGAGAUCCGACUCAACAUAUCCUCUGCUCAUGGUGAGAAUCUGACUGUGUUUGCCUGCUUAAACCACGGGGUCCCCCUGCUUUUUGGAGACAACAUCUCAAUAAGCUGUCUGACGGGCUCUCUCUCUGGUUUCUCAAUGUCUGUAAAUACUACGAAUUCCGUGAGUCGCCUUCGAAUCCCAUAUCCUCAGACAGGGACUUGGUAUCUCAGUCUGCGCUCCCUGUGUGCCUCUGAACAUGGGUGGAGACAGUGCAGCAAUGUUAGUGCCGAGCUGAAUCUACGCACCUUCCUGUCACCGUGUAUUAACGAGUGUGGAAUAUAUGGACAAUGCAAACUGCUCCGAACAAACAACUACCUGUAUGCAGCCUGCGAGUGUCGAGCAGGCUGGAGUGGUUGGGGUUGUACAGAUAAUACUCAAGCCUUUACAUAUGGCUUCCAGCUCCUCUCCACUUUGCUCCUGUGCCUUAGUAACCUCAUGUUUCUGCCACCUGUCCUGAUUGCCCUACGCAGUCACUAUCUCCUGGAGGCCUCUGUCUACAUCUUCACCAUGUUCUUCUCUACGUUUUAUCACGCGUGUGACCAGCCGGGUAUUGUGGUUUUCUGUAUCAUGGAAUAUGAUGUGCUGCAGUUCUGUGAUUUUCUGGGCUCCCUCAUGUCAGUUUGGGUGACGGUAAUUAGCAUGGCUCGGUUGCAACCCAUCAUUAAACAGAUUCUGUACCUACUUGGAGCCAUGCUUCUGUCUAUGGCUCUACAACUUGAUCGGCAUGGUUUGUGGAAUCUCUUGGGGCCCAGCCUGUUUGCUGUGGGAAUCAUGGCCAUCGCUUGGACCUUCAGGACAAUCCGAAGACGGCACUGUUACCCUCCCACGUGGAAGCGAUGGCUCUUCUACCUCUGUCCAGGACUGCUCAUCGCCAGCUCGGCCGUGGCACUCUAUGCCUUUGUUGAGACUGAGGAAAAUUAUUUCUACAUUCACAGCAUUUGGCACAUGCUGAUUGCAGGGAGUGUGGGAUUCUUGUUACCACCACGUGCCAAGCCAGAUGGACGAGUGACACCACUGUCCCGGAGAAAAGGCUGUGGCUACCAUUUGUGCGUAAAUGAACAGGAGGAGCUGGGACUGGUGGACCCCGGAUCAGUUUCUAUAAAUAGUAUCUGUACCAGUUGACACAAAAGACAAGAAAACUGCUCAAAUAGUGGGACUGAUAGUUAUGUUUGUCCCACUCCUGACUCAUUGGGAAUGAAGAAACCUGGCCUUUGGUGGGUGUCGAUGGAACAGAUUGCAAUAGCUCUCUGCUGAGAAUCUUCUGGAUUUCAGGAGGGGUCACUCUUUUUAUUAAUAAUUGCAAUUACCUCUUAUGGGACAUGCCAAAACCCCAUGCAUUAAUUAUUUGUUAAAAGGGUGAGCGUGUCCCCAACACACACCUCAAGGAAUGUGUUCGUAAUCAUAGAGAGAAGUGCCAGAAAAUUAAAUGGAAGGUUUAUUUCUAUAAAGAAUAUGUGGACAGUAUUGAGGUUUAUAUAAGGAAGAUGUGGACAGUAUUGGGGUGCAUAUUAAAUUAUUGUUGGUAUGAAGGACGUGUGGACAGUAUCAGGUUUAUAUUGACUUGGGGUUUAUAUAAGGAAGAUGUGGACAGUAUUUAGUUCUUUAUGACUUGGUGUCAGAAUAAUAGACACAUGACCAGUAUUGGGGGGGUGGGGGGGGGCGUAGCUUGAGGUGGAUGUAAAGUAUAUGUGGACAACCGAGGAAUGAGCAAAUAGCCUUAGAACAAUGUCUCCCCUAGCUGCAAGUCAUCGUCAUGUUUAAUACAGUGAAUGAUCAAUAUAGUGAUAAGAAUGAGGGAGAUUGUGAGCAUACUGGGUGCUCAUUCUUGCAUUAGUUGGGUGGGGACUAUUUUAUAACAGGGUAAGGUUCUCUGCUCCUGCAUGGGGUGUGAUAUUUUGAACAUGCAUGGGGUGGAAGAAAUCGCUUCACACCUGGUUAUUUUUUUGGAGAUGGAGACGUUCCUAAUAGAAGUAGAGACCCGCUCAUUACAAAUCAUUUCUUCAAUGUUAUGGCCCCUCUAUAUUCCCGUUCUACCUACCUGUUAUCCACAUGAUGGUGCUUCCAUGUCUAAAUAUUCACUAAUCCCCUUGGACAGUUCUCUAUUUUGUAGUAUUAAAAUCUGGAAUUGAAAUGGAUUUUGUUGGGAUUUUUUACAUUUUCUCUGUUACUGCUGUGUUCUAAGGCAAAUUAGCCGUAUGCCUUUACAGCACACACUGUGUUUUGUUGUGUCUCCCACCUGCGGUUUGGUAAAUUCCAGAGCACUUGGGUUUGUAGAGAGUACAGGUUAUAUUUGUCACUUGGUUUCUCCCAUGUCUAAUGCAGAUGUGUCCAGACCCGCUGUGUUACCAUUGGUGUCAUUCUUAGUCAUUAAGUGCUUGUGGACAGUCUUUUCUGCGUGACGGUUGUGCCAUAUUCUUUGCAUUUUUAAUUAUAGAUUUAAUGAUGGCUCUUCAAACUUUGGGAUAUUUUUUUCCAAACCCGACUGGUGCUUUUUCACAAGUUUGUCUUGGAGUUUGAUGAUAUCUUUUUGGUUUUCAUGUUUGGGUAGCUAUACUCUAUCAAACUCUGAGGCCCUCCACAAACCGCUGUGUUUAGUUCAAUAUUGUGUGACACUUCAACAUCGGUGACCUUAAUUGGCUGCACUAGAGCUUAUGUAGGGGUUUCCUAAAUGAAUAGGUAAAUACUUAUGCAACCAACAAAUUCGGGGUUUUUUUGUUGUUGUUUCACAAGAAAUAAAAACGUGUGCCUUUUUAAGUGUAAAGCCCAAUAAAUCCAUUGUAAAGUAACACUUCAGACACCAAAACCACUACAGCAUGCAUGCCCUGGCCCCUCCAUUGUAAGCAGUUACACCGGUUUAGAAAGGCGUGAUUCCUUGCCUGGGGUCGACCUGUCUGCAGCCUCCAGGAGAGCCAUGUUAGCACGUCUCUGCACAAAGGCUUAGCUCAGAGCGACUAGAGACGUCUGCAAGACCCCAACAAGUCAAACUGUUCUAAAAUGUUUGACUACUUCCACUGGGGGGCACCAGG